AGACAGCUUCGAAGAGUUGAAUUUCGCACGGUUAGGUGUACGUUUGGAUUUCGGUGCUCAUUGUGGUUGCGAGACUUCAUUCAGUCUAAAGUGCGGGCCCGGAAGACCCGGUUGAAUUUUAAAUCGGUUACCUACUUUACUCGUUCUCAGUUUUUAGUUAGAAAAAUAUUUUUUUGAAAAAUGCAUGAAAAAACAAUGGAUAUGAAUACGAGUAAAAUUGAAAAACCAAGUGGACUCGGAUAUCGCCAUUUCCAGGCUUUCCUGAUGUUUUGCGGGAUGGUAUUCAGCUACUUUCUGCGUGUAAAUAUCUCAGCUGCUAUAGUGCCCAUGGCCCAGCCUCCGAAAUAUCGAAUAAUUGCUGAUCAUUAUAAUUGGGACAACAGUACGCGUUCGGUGAUUCUGAGCAGCUUCUUUUGGGGCUAUGUGGUUGCGCAAUUUCCUUCUGGAGUACUCGCCAAACGCUUCGGUCCAAAAAUAGUUCUUUCCGUCGCUACAAUCAUAUGUUGCAUCCUCACAGUUCUAACGCCAUUUGCAGCAAAACUCGGUGAUUGGCAAUUUGUGUGUGUCCUUAGAGUCGUGACCGGCUUGACACAGGGUGUUGUGUACCCGUGCAUGCACACUUUGCUGGCUAAAUGGGCACCAUCUUCAGAAAGAGGAUUCCUUUCAUCGGUAGUAUAUUCGGGAGCACAAUUGGGAUCGGCUAUUAUUUUAAUUACAAGUGGAUUUAUUAUCGACUCCCGAUUAGGUUGGCCUGGAAUAUUUUACAUUUCGGGGGCAUUAGCUUUAGUUUGGGCAGUGCUUUUCCAAAUUUUUGGAGAUGACUCACCAGAUGCAUGCAAACAAAUUUCCAAGGAAGAAAAGGAGUACAUUAAGGCGUUGACUGGAAGCCAAAGUAAUAGUCAGGAUAUACCUAUUCCAUGGAAGUCCAUAUUUACAUCGUUACCAUUUUACGCCUUGAUAGCAGCUCACUGUGGAUUUACCUUUGGAUUCUAUACUUUGCUCACCGAAAUACCAACCUACCUCAAUCAUGUUUUGAAGAUGGACGUCAAAUCGAAUGCAAUAUUCUCCGCAUUGCCAUACUUAGCCAUGUGGAUACUUAGUUUUAUUGUUAGUCCCAUCUCAGAUGCUCUAAUCAAUAGGAAGUACUUAAGUGGAACAGCUGCAAGAAAAUUGUUCAACACUAUUGGACAAUUCACUCCGAUGCUAUGCUUGAUUGGUCUGGGCUUUAUGACAAGUGACAAUAAGCCUGCAGCUAUUACUUUGUUAACAAUUGGAGUGGGUUUGAAUUCGGCGUGUUAUGUGGGUUACAUGGUGAAUCAUAUGGACUUGUCGCCGAAUUUUGCCGGAACUAUGAUGGGAAUCAGUAAUGGAUUUUCAAAUAUACUAUCAUUGUUAGCGCCGCUUGUGGUGGGAGCUGUUGUAGAAAAUGAUAGUAAUCCAGCUGAAUGGCGUAUCGUCUUUUAUAUCACUGGUGGGGUUUAUCUUAUCUGCAACUCUUUGUUCUUGCUCUUCGGAUCAGCAGUUGUUCAGAAAUGGAAUGAGCCAUCAGCAGAAUGGUGCAGUAGAAAUACAUUAAGUUCGAGUUUAUCACUGGAUACCUUGCCAAUUCCAAGUAAACGAUACUAAAUUAAAUCAACAAAACUAGUUUGCAUCACCAUGAUCUCUAAGAAGCUUAAAUUAUUAUUACAUUUUUUUUACAUACAAAACAACAAAAAUAAACCCAAAUAAAACAAAGUUUUAUCACGAAAACUAA